CACGUGACCCACCAGAGCCCGGGUCCCGGGCCUAGUCGCUGGAUGGUGGGGCCUUGGCGCGGGCCGCGGAGCCUCCGGGCGCGCGAAGCGUGACGCAGGAGUAGCGAGCGAAAGGCGCGAGAGAGACGCGUUUCAGGAGCUUUCCCAGUGGGCUCUCGGAAGCGUACCCCACACGGCCCUUACCCGGCGGACAAAGACUGGUAGCCCAGGGCAGUGGUAGCGCUCUUCCCAAAUACCUCUGCUGUUAGUAGUUAAAGCAAUGACCUGACUCCUUCAGCAACCCAGCGCUCAGCUCCCGCUCAGCUCCCGCAGGCGCCAGACCCUGGGCUUGGCACAGUGGAGGUUUCUCCGGGUAAAUAAGACCUGGUCCCUAUCCUCAGAGGAGAGCGCAGUCUUUCGAGGAACUUUCUGCUUUUAUAGAUCUUAAGUAGCAUGGAUCUGCCGGUGGAUGAGUGGAAAUCAUACAUACUUCAGAAGUGGUCUUUGCUCCCCAAGUCCAUUCAGGUCACAAUUUCUACAGCAGAGGCCCUGAGCGAUAUCUUUCUCCACUCAUCUUUGCUUCUUCAGCCUGAGGAUGAGAUGUUUUUAAAAAGGCUUUCUGGAGGUUACCUUGUAGGAAAAGACCCAGGUGCUCCCCUUUUCUACAGAGAAGAAGGAAACAAAAAAUUCCAUGAGAAGGAUUAUAUGGGAGCCACACUACUCUACUCCAAGGGAGUAGCCCAUUCAAGGCCCAGCACUGAGGACAUUUCGCUGUGUUAUGCCAACCGCUCUGCAGCCCUCUUCCACCUGGGUCAGUAUGAAACAUGCCUUAAAGACAUCGUCAGGGCGCAGUCGCAUGGAUAUCCAGAAAAUCUUCAACCCAAGAUGCUGCUGCGUAAGGCAGAGUGUCUGGUGACCCUGGGGAGACUACAGGAGGCGAGCCAGACCAUCAGUGACCUUGAGAGUAACUUUGCUGCCACACCAACCCUAGCAGCUUCCCAAUUUCAGAUUCUGCAGAGAACCCUCUGUCGUCUGAAAAGGAAGGUACAAGAAAAGGAGACUCUCACGGAAACCUUCCCAGCCCUUCUCACCAAGGCCUUGGAGGAUAUGGAGCUGAGGGAAGAGAACGUGCACGUGCGCGGUGCCUCAUCGUCCGUCAGCUUACGCGUGGACCCUUUAAAAGGCCGCUCUCUGGUCGCCACAAAAGAUAUCCUCCCAGGCGAGCUUCUGGUGAAAGAGGAUGCUUUUGUGAGUGUCCUUAACCCAGGAGAAAUGCCACCACGACACGAAGGCCUGGAGAGCAAGUGGGACACCAGAGUUACCAAUGGGGACCUUUACUGUCACCGGUGUUUGAAGCCCACAUUGGCCACAGUUCCCUGUGAUGGGUGCAGCUAUGCCAAGUAUUGCAGCCAAGAGUGUCUGCAGCAGGCCUGGGACCUCUACCACAGUGUGGAGUGUUCUCUUGGGGGGCUGCUUCUCACCCUGGGUGUCUUUUGCCAUGUUGCCCUGAGGUCUACACUUUUAGCUAGAUUUGAGGAUGUUGGCAAAGUCAGAAUGACGCUUUGUGGUGAGACGUGUAACAGAGACGUCUCUUCCCCUGAAGGCAAGAAUCUGGCACAAGCACUCAGUUAUGACCUGGGAGGAGAGAGAGAGCAAAGAGGCAAAACAGUUGAGACCUCAGUUCCUGGAUGUGGUAUCGAUGGAAAGUAUGAAAAUAAUUAUAACGCUGUCUUCCACCUUUUACCCCAUACUGAAAACCAUAGUCCAGAGCACAAAUUCCUCUGUGCACUAAGUGUUUCUGCACUGGGCAGGCAGCUCCAAGCAGCCGGUUCACAGCCCUUCACAGCAGGUCUGAAGUCAUCGAAGCUGGAAGCAGCCGAGGCCCCUGUGUUGUAUCCCGAGUGGAAUAUUUGGGGAGUGGCCAUGCUGAGACACAUGUUACAGCUGCAGUGUAAUGCUCAGGCAAUCACGGCCAUUCAGCAGACAGGAUCUAAAGGGAGCCUCAUUACUGAGCACAGGCAGGUACGCCUUGCCACCGGCCUCUUCCCCGUCGUCAGCCUCCUGAACCAUUCCUGCAGCCCCAACGCCAGCGUGUCCUUCAUCAGCACCGUCGCCACCGUGCGGGCAUCACAGCCCAUUCGGAAGGGGCAAGAGGUUCUCCACUGCUAUGGGCCUCACGAGAGUAGGAUGGGUGUUGCUGAGAGGCACCAGAAGCUGAGGUCUCAGUAUUUCUUUGACUGCAACUGCCCGCCUUGCGAACGAGAGAAGCAGAGACCCUCGGCGUUGGAACCGAGGAGGGAAGCCUUCUGCUGUCACCGUUGCAGAGCUCUCCUGCAGGGAGAUGAUGUUCUGAGCUGUGGCAGCACAUCUUGUCCGGCAUCGGUCCGUAGGCAUCACCUAGACUCUCGGCUGCAAGACCUUCAGCAGCAGGUGGGGCUGGCCCGGAAGCUUCUCCGAAACUGUAAAGCAGAACGAGCCAUUCAGCUGUUGUUGGGGUGCCAACACGAUGCUGAGAGCUUCCUGUCAGCAGAACACAGUGUGGUGGGAGAAAUCGCGGAUGACCUGGCCCAGGCCUAUGCUGCCUUAGGGGACUGGAAGAAGUCAGCGAGCCACCUACAGAAGAGUCUUCGGGUAGUUGAGGUUCGCCACGGGCCGUCCAGUGUUGAGAUGGGCCAUGAGCUCUUCAAACUGGCCCAAAUCUUCUUCAAUGGCUCUGCCUUGCAAUGUGUUUGUGUCUCAUCUGCCCUUCUAGAUCGUAAGAUCCUUGAAGACAAAAGCGAUCUACUUUGCGUUCUUCGCAGGGUGUGAAUAGGCCCUCAAUUCAUGUUUGCCUGAUUGAACGCAUGGAUUCACUCCUCUUACCUCCUUUGGUUCAGGUUGGCAAUCCCCGAAGCUCUGAACACAAUCCAAAGAGCAGAAAAGGUUCUGUUGGUGCACUAUGGCCCUUGGAAUGAUGAGAUCCAGGAGCUCCAAAAGAUGAAAUCCUGUUUAAUGGACUUGCUGCCCAUCCCCAUGGGACCCAGUGAAUAGGCUCCCGAGGGGACCUUGACCCACGGGAAAGGACCACAUGUGGGAUGAGUUAAAGAGGGUCUGUUGCUGCUGAGCCGUUGCCAGGAAAUAGAGGACUUGCCCGCAGUCACGCGCCCAGUGCACGAGGGGAGGGGAGGACCGGAGAAGUGUUGCCGUUGGAGCGAUGCUCACCUGUGCCGAUGAAUGUUUCUUGAAAUAGUUAACUGCCCGCCAGUAAAAACUCCCAGUUCCCAGAAAAGACUUCAAACGGGUAUCUGGAGAGCCUAAGCCCUUUAAAAGCAUUUUAGCUGAUCUGCAGGCAUCUGGAUGUUCGCCUGGGGUGUUGGCUGGAUGCCACCUCACUAAAUGAUGGUAGUUUGCUUCCCUGGGACAUUCCUACGGUUUCUCGUAGUAAUGAAAUGUUUGUACCACGCCAGUGGGAACUCAGACUCUGAGUAGUUGUUCUGUAAUUGAAAAAUAAUUAUAAAGCAAGGCAUGAGCGCGGCUCCUUACCUCUGGAGACACAGGUUCAUUUACGGUCUCUAGCUUCCUCAAAUCCUCUGUUAAAACCGGCGGAGUAUAAAUUGUGAACAGAGAAAUAAAUACGGGGCCAUUGCAUUGUCAGCAAUUUCUUCCUAGGACGGCAACGCUAAAUUUGUUUGCUACCAGUCUCCCAGUCCUUAUUAUUUGGCUGUCCUUCUAUACCUUCAGCAGACUCACUGACCAAACACUAAUAAAGUCAAGGUUGUGGUGAGAACGUUAUCACGCAUCCUUCCUGAGUUCUGUUUAUUAGCAAGCCCGAAAAGAGAUUGCUUUUUUUCUUCCCGACCUCCCCAAGCAGACGAAAGAAAUACAGAUUGCAUAAGUACUGAGAAGGGGGGCCAAAAAAAAAAAAAAAAGAUAACUUCAGGAGAUGCUGAGGGUAUGGGCAUUGUUGCUGUGGUUUCAAUGUUAAGUGACAAAAAGUAGGAAUGAUAGCCGUUGUCUACCUGGAAGUAGAGUCAUAGUCUAGACCCCAUCCCGGUCAGAAAGCUGGGAGAUUCUGGGUCUGAACCCUGGUUGCCCUCUCACCACGGGGGCCCAAGUCGUUCAGAUGAGGUAGUGGGGAAAAAUAUCGGAUCCACACUGCUUUGAGAGCUCGCCACCCUAGCCAUGCCCAAGAAGUGCCCGGUGGUUGCCGCGGCAUGACAAUCAGGAACCGAACAGCCCGGAAGGUGCCUGGCAGUAGCCUUUCAGGAAGCUGCGUGUUUAGAACACGGUUCGCACUCAAACAUUUGAAUGAAGGGCAGGCGGAAGCUCAUUUAUGCUUUUCUACUAACUCCCUGUGGCAAGGGCAGUGGCCAGCAAGAUGUUUUGGCAGAGCUAAGUCAAGAAGAAGAAUUCAGUCCCAUGGCCAGUUCCUUAGUUAUCCUGUUCCAAACACUUGGCGUGUUUUAUGUUCCUGAAAAAGGCUCCGUUGUUCUUUGUAAAAUAGCCCCACAUCCUUAAGAAGAUUAUAGUUAAUUUUACGUGUCAGUCCUCAUUUUAUGGGAACUUGAGAGCUUUCUUUAAAUGCCCUAUGGUGCCCUAAGGGCUCCUGUGUCUGUGUUCCUAUGGUGUUCGUUACAUGGCUCAGCAGUAACGAACCUGAUUAGUAUCCACAAGGACUUGGGUUCGCUCCCUGGCCUCGCUCAGUGGGUUAAGGAUCUGGCAUUGCCAUGGGCUGUGGUGUAGGUCACAGAUGUGGCUCAGAUCCUGGGGUUGCUGUGGUGCAGGCCGGCGGCUGUAGCUCUGAUUCGACCCCUAGCCUGGCAACUUCCAUAUGCUGCAGGUGCAGCCCU